AUGUUAUUAAAUAGUUUAACAACAGUUGUAAAGUUAAUUCAAGAGAGUAAUAAUCAUGAUAAUAGUAAUAAUAAUAAUAGUGAAAUAUUAAAAGAUAAUUACAUUCAAAAAUCAUUAAAGUAUUAUUCAAAUUAUAUUUUAGGAUUAUUAAUAAAAAUUUAUUUUAUUGAUAAUGGUAGUAUCGUUGAUAUCAGAGUUAGAUGUAGUACAUUGUUUACAAUGUUUAACAUAAUAGUAAAAUUGGAUGAAAGUAAUAACGAUAAUGAUAGGGAAUAUAUAGAUCAAUCUUUGAAAGCAAACUCUGAUGAUUUAUAUGAUGUUUGUAGUGAUAGUUUACAAUCUUCAAAUCCAAAUUUAAAACUAUUGGGAUUAAGAUUACUAGGUUCUUUAAUGAAAACACCAACCAUUUUGUUUUCAUCAGAUUCAAAUGUAAAAGAAAUUCGAUACCUUUUAACUCUUCUUUCAUCAGAUUCUAGUAAAGAUGUUUCCACCUUAUCCCUCAAUUUAUUAAACUUACUUAAAAAUUAA